AAUAAAAUCGAUGCUUCUAAAUCAUGCAUAUCUAAAAAAAUCAAAUUAGAUCCAGAGAUAUGUGAUCUUACUUCAGAAAAUGAAAGUUUUCAAAAUUUGUUAGAUUUUUCCAAAUCUAAUGAUGAUAGUGAAGAGGAUGCAUACUAUAUAAAAGAAAUAGAUAAUUCUGAAAAAGACUUUGAAUACAAAUUUCAUUAUGUAGAUGAAUUUCUUAUAGAAAUUUAUAACAAUAUAAUCACAUUAAUAAAGAAUGAAUUAAUUGAAGCAUAUAAUUAUAAUGUAACAUUUAAAGACGAAAAGGUUACAAGAACUGGAACUCAGUUAAUAGAUGAUCAAGAUUUUCAACAAUUUCAGUCUGAAUAUCAUAAACUGUCUGCACGAAAGGAUACUGAUUCUGAAAUAGAAACUGAUAUGUUAGAGGAUGAUUGUUUAAAAACUCCAAAAAACAAAAACCAAGUUCCUAAAAUAUCCAAUCUUACUGUAGAAGAAACUCAAAUAGCUAAGAGUGUUUUAAAAAUUCGUACUGCCAAUUACUAUAGAUUAUUAUCUCAAUCUUCAAGUUUUCGCUUAUUUCCAAAUUCAUAUAUUCUAACACCAUUUUAUAAUCCAUUGCAGAUGGUUCCAACUUUCGCUUUAUCUUAUUUAAAUCUAGAGCCAACAUUAUAUACCACAAGAUCAUCUAUACCUACUAUUGGUGAAUUCUUAAAGUCAAUUGAUGAAAAUAAAAAUACUGACGAUUAUUAUCAAAGCUUUCUAUUGAAAUUUGAGUAA